UGGCUCCCCUGAAUGGAAAGGAGCCAUUACUCUUUAUUAGUUCCACUUGUGCUUUUCUUCCAGUCUCCGUUUUACUUAUAAAACUAAUUUAAGAGUGAUAAAUAUGAACAAUAGGCCUGUUAGAAGCAGGACAAGAACAAUAAAGUUGUUUUUUCGUGAAGCAAGUGAAGCAUCAUCAGAGAUAAUACUCUUGAGUGAAGGCUGAUUUUUUUUUUUUUUUUUUUUGAGUCUAAACUUUAAAAUAAAGCAUAAAUCUGCCGGGUAUGGUUUACCUGUCGCUGCUGUUCAUGUUGUCGCUGUUGUCCGCCAUUGAUGGAGAAACGCCACCGCAUCAAGCCUCCGAGGUGAUGAGAAAAGUUUCCCGGAGAGAAACACCGACUCUGCCGCCGCCAUACCUCCACCUUCCCGUGUUUGUGGACUCGAGGCUGCCGUUGGUAGAAAAGGAGCAUUUCUCCCCAGCCAGAGGCACCGGGCAGGAGCCUUUACCCGAACCCGUCCGAGAGAUCCUGCUCCCGGUUCGGGCGAACACCACCAGCCCGCCCAAAGUUUCGGGUGUUUCCGUGAGGACUUGGUGCAAGCUCAACAAGAUGCUGGUGCGGGUGCAGAGGAGCAUUUUGGGCACAAGUGAACCAGUCUCUAAACUUAAACUGGGGACAUGCCAACCCAAUAAAACCACGACGGAGUACCUUUAUUUUGAACAUGAUCUUGGCAUGUGUGGAACCAAACGCACGAUAAUUAAUAACCAGGUGGCCUAUUCAAACAUGCUACAAUAUGACCCACCAAGGAUCCAAGGACCAAUCAGGCGAACAGCGCCUUUCACCCUGCCUGUUGCAUGUUAUUAUAACAGGUAUCUAUACUCCUACAAAAUUGGCUACAAACCAAAGUUGCUGAUGCGCAAGAUCUUCACACCAAUGAAGAACAGAGCAAAAAUCAUUCUGACGCCACGAAACGCUCAGUGGGAAAGACUUUCUCCAUCCGAUCAGUACGUGCUCGGGAAGCCCAUGUACUUUGAGGCCGAGGCUCCAUCUAUAUCCCAGCACGAAAGACUGUACGUCAACUUGUGUUACGCAACUCCCGAGAAGUCCCACACCUCCAAACCUCAGUUUCCAGUUGUAAAAAACUUAGGGUGUAUGGUUGAGAGCAAGAACAGUCGCUCCAGAUUCAUCCCAUACAAAAACAAUGCUGUGAGAUUCUCUGUGGAUGCCUUCUUGUUCACGGGAAUGACAGGCCAGCAACUCUACAUGCACUGCUCCAUGUCUGUUGGCAGUUCUGUUCCCACGCCUACAGCCAAGUCCUGCAACUACGACACAAAAGCUAGAAGAUGGGUUGAGCUCUAUGCUUCUACCUCGGUGUGCACCUGCUGCGACUCCAACUGUAGCUCUGCUGCCUCCACAGCAACCAAAGUAAUUAGCAGCAAGCCGUGGACUAUAAAGCCGAAAGUGAAACCCACUGCUGCCCCAAAGAGGAAGACGGUCUCCCCCACAACAUUAAGAACAAGGAAAACAACAACCACCACCACCACAACAACAACAACAACAACAACUACAACAACAACAACAACAGCAGCACCACCACCACUACUAUCAGAAACGACCAGAGAGGUGACUGAAUGGACGUCGACUUCACAGCCUGAAGCGGUAACAGUGACUCUAACGGGUCAUUGAAUGUGAUAACUGCAGUUUCGACCUAUGAAGAGAAACAACCGUUAUGCUACUCACACAGUAAAGGCUAUGACUGGUCUUUACAACAGGUACAAAUCAAAGGUACUUACAAAAUAAAACUUGGUUUCAUAACAUCUGAAUAACAGUUAAUACAGUGUGUCAUCGGUAUAUUUAUAAAAAAUCUUGGGAGGAGUACAAUAACGAUCCUUUCCAUUCCUCACAGGUGAUUUCAUCAUAACUUUUUGUCCAUUUU